UGAACAUUUGAUGUCUUAAGGCGUGUAUUCGGUGAAUAACUGGAAGUGGCGACAGUGUCGUAAAUCAUGUCCGGUUUCCUGCUGGGUGAUCCAUGGAAACACGCUCACGCCUGACGUUUUGUUUAUACGCCUGGGGAGCCAACAGCUACGGUCAGCUGGGUCAGAGCCAUGUGGAGGACCGGUGUGUACCGUGGCUCUCUGACGGCUCGGCUCUGCAGGACAGGACGGCCCGGGCUGUGGGCGGAGGAGGGGGACACUCUGUGGUUCUCACCGGAAGUGGAGAGGUCUUUGUGUGCGGACAGAAUCACAAAGGCCAGCUGGGACUUGGUCACAAUACUGAUGUCUUAACUCUUCAACUCUGCCCCGUUUUAAAUCACAAAGUCGCAAAUGUAGCCUGCGGCUGGGAUUUCACUCUUCUCCUCACUGAUUCUGGCCAACUGCUGGUAUGUGGUUCUAAUGCAUUCGGACAGUUGGGUGUUGGACAGACAGUCACACACACUGCUGAGCUUCUAGCUGUUGAGAGUUUUACAAACCUCACUUCUUCAGAUCCGAUGAAUAAUUGUGCUGUUCGUUCUCAGGCUCUGAAGGAGCCAGUGGUGAGUGUAGCAGCCGGACUAAGACACUCACUUGCAGUUAGUGCCUCAGGGUCUGUGUAUCAGUGGGGAACCGGUCUUUUCAGUCAUGCUAAGAGAGCGCUCAGUCCCCACCCUGUUCCAUCACAUCUGAACUCCAAGGUUCCCUGUCUGGUACCAGGUCUCAGCCUGAGGAAAUCACACCUUGUAACAGCAGGUUCGGCACACUGUGCGUUCUUAACAGAAGAAGGUCGAUUAUUCCUGUGGGGAAGCAAUAAAUUUGGCCAGCUGGCUACAGCUGAGCCCUUUCUGCCCUCUCCCGGUCUGCUCAAUCCAUCUCUGCUAAAGGGAGAGAAAGUUAUAAAGGUGUGCAGCGGCUGGACGCACGUUGUGGCUCAAACAGAGAGUGGCAGAGUAUUCACAUGGGGCAGAGGAGAUUAUGGACAGCUUGGUCGACCAGCCUCAGUCAGUGGGAAUGCUGAGAAGCUUUCUCCCGGUUCUGUAGUGGAGGGAAUCAGGAAGGAUUUCCUCCCUGUAGAAGUUGCAUCCCUUAAUGGAGCAACACAGAUUGUAUGUGGAUCUGAACACAACCUUGCCAUUGUAGGGGGGUGCCUCCUGUCGUGGGGCUGGAAUGAGCACGGGAUGUGUGGGGACGGUUCACAGGCCGAUGUCUUUCAUCCUCAGCUCGUUUCUGAUCUUAGACCUGUUCUCAUUGGCUGUGGUGCUGGACAUUCAAUGGCAGUGUGUGGUGUGACAACGGGUUUAAUGCAGAACUCUGACUCUACUUGAGAAGCACCGGAGCACAAGCAAAGUUGUUUUUCACUGAACACAAGAUUUUACCUUUUAAAAGCCCACCUCAGCUACUUGAAAAGGUCACAUUUCAAACUGGUGUAAUUAAACACAGCUGUAUGCUGUGAGGAAGAGGCCAUUAUUUCUCAGGCCAGCUUGUGACAUUCAUGGGUCUUAUAGGGGAAUUGGCAGUGGCUGGUAAAAGUCUGUCACGUUGAAGUUACGGUAAAUGGUGAAGGGAGUUGACUGUUGUGGUGCUAAAGCAUAAUCCUACCAUGUAAGGGCAUCUAUCUCUGUGAUCUUGUUACAGUGUUUUACAGAUGGCUGUCUCAUUCAGGUUUUAGUUUUUCUUAAAACAAUCAUUAGUUUAACAAUCUCAAUCUUAAGCCUUAAAAAGUCUAAAAAAAAAAAACAUCUAGAUUUUCCAUACUAGGUUUUAACCUGCUUUUAGUUGCAUCCUAAACAUCAUACAUUGUUGUAGGUUUGGCUGAGAAAUUUGGGUGUUACCACCCUUUGACAAAACCACAAGGCCUGAAAUCCACUGUCAAUAACUGUAACUAAACUGGGUGCACUCAGAAAUAUGUUCGUGAAAUUAAAAAUUUUCAACCUAAGUUAUUAAAUGAGUUACGCAUUAGUUAUUAAAUGUAUAAGCCAACAACAUGUAAUUUGAUAGUAGUUUCAAAUCCACCAGAAAAUAAAAGAAUUACCUGAUCACCACUAUAUAUUGCAUUUAUAGAUUAGAAAUGGUGGGAUUUUUGUUGUUGUUUUUUUUUACCAUUAAUGGAUUGUAUGAUUAGGGGAAAAAUAUCUUUUUAGUACUUUGUCUGCUAGUCAAGGAAAUAUUGGCCGAUUCCAGUCUGUGGUGAAUUGAUUGGUGCAACCCGUUGAAGAAAUCAGUCUUUGCAAUUUGUCCCCCCAAAAAUCUAAGUGUUUGAUUUCAAAUUUGUCAUACAGUUUAUUUUUUCUUUACCCUAGGCUUUUGAAUUAUGUUGUUUUUUAUCUGAAUCUUUCAUCAUCUGUUUAUUGAUUUGCAUUAGUUGCUAUUUUUUUCCCUCACCUGGUUUAAAACAAUAAAUAAAUAAACACUCACUGAAAACUGA